CUUGCCCUCCUCCUCCUCCGCCCCUCCCUCUCCUUGACCACGCUACUUCCCCCCGCCCCUCCUGGUCGCCCCACGCGAACGAGAUUGUGCCGCCACAGUUUCCACGCGCCCACAUCCAGCUCCAGGACGCCACACUGCCUGGUCGGUUUUAGCCGGUCCACAUAUACACCUAUAUACACAGACACACGCGCGCACGCACACCCACCCACGCCAGCACGCAUACACGCGCACGCGCACACGCCCGCACGCCCGCACGCCCGCACGCCCGCACGCCCGCAUCCUUUGUCGCCCCCUCAACCCACCCGGAUUUUGGCCCGAGUGAUAUGCCCGAGGAAACGUCCGCCUUCCGUGAGACCCUCUCGUUGGUCGACCCGUCGGAGGAGUUCCACGUUGAUUCUUCCCUCUCACUGGAGAUGACCCCCGCCCUGCGUGCUGCUAUUGCCGGGACCCAGCCCCUUCGGGUUCUUUGCCUCCAUGGCUUCCUGCAAAAUGGCGCGACCCUUUCCCAAAAGACUGGCCGCCUGCGCAAGGCCAUCAAGAAGGUUGCGAAUUUCGAGUUUGUCGACUCCCCGGUGCUGUUCACCGCCGAGGAGCUGGCCGCCGAUGAAGUUCUCAAGAACUCCCAAGUCCUCGACACGUCGGACCCAGACACCCUGCGGAGCUGGUGGCGCAUGGAUACCCAGCGCCUGGUGUACCACAGCUUCGAUGAGACGCUCGCCAACCUGGAGCAGGUCUUCCGCGAACAGGGGCCCUUCGACGGGGUGUUCGGUUUCUCACAGGGUGCUGCCAUGGGGGCCCUUUUGGCGCAUCUCAAGUCCAAGGGCGGCCCGGACCGGUCCGGGCUCCCCUGGCUGGCGGAUCUGCGCUUUGCCAUCCUGGUGAGCGGCUUCCGCGCGCGCGAUCCCAGUUUGCGCUACCUCUUCGACACCCCGGUGGACUUCCCCUCGUUGCAUAUCAUCGGCGAGGGCGACCGCAUUGUGGCCCCCAGCCGCAGUGUCACCCUGUCGGAGACCUUCCUCCAGCCGGAGGUUCUCAGCCACCAGGGCAAGCAUUUUGUCCCGACCGACAAGCAAACUUGCGAGGUGGUUCUCACCUUCCUGUCGCACAUGCUGGCCGAGAAGACCGCUCGCCAGGCUGAUGCCAUCGAGGCCGCCGAGACCACGGCGGCUCCCCAGCCGGCCUCCACCUGAGACGGCCGGCCAGCCUAUCGGCUCGCCACCGGCAUGCGACGCAGGCGGAAGAGGCGCCCAUGUGGCGAGAGAAAUAGUCCCCUGCUCCCCCC